AUGCCCAACGGCUCCCUAAAUUCCUUCCUCUUCUCCAAGUCGGAAGACGUGGAGAAGCUGUUGGACUGGACGACCCGGUUUCAGAUCAUACGGGGAACUGCACGAGGAUUAGUUUAUCUCCAUGAGGAAUGCAGGGAUCGCAUCAUUCACUGCGAUAUUAAGCCUGAAAACAUUCUCCUGGACGGUGACUUUAGCCCAAAGGUGGCAGAUUUUGGACUAGCGAAGCUGGUAGGUAGAAAUUUCAGCCGCGUACUGACAACCACAAGAGGAACUCGUGGGUACUUGGCUCCCGAGUGGAUCUCUGGCCUUCCUAUCACUCCCAAGGUGGACAGAGGAAACAUAUUGGGCGUUGUGGAUGCAAGAAUAGCAAGUGAGGUAAAUACCCAAGAGGUGAGAAGAGCUGCUGUCAUUGCUGGGUUGUGCAUUCAAGACGAUGAGAAUCAGAGGCCAAGCAUGAGUGAAGUGAUAAAGAUACUGGAAGGCACGAUGGAGGCUUCUGUGCCACAAAUUCCAAGGUCUUUACAGGUCCUAGCAGGUCAGGUAGACGACAAUGAUAGCUGCAGUCAACAUGUUUCCAUAGCAAAUGGCUCCGUAUAUACAGAAUAG